AUGGUCGACACUGGCGCGACCUCGCAUAUCAUUACUGAUCUUAAGAAAUUCAAACAGUUUGAUGACAAAUUCCAACCGGAGAAACACUACAUUGAGUUGGCGGACGAAACAAAGGCGAGUGGAGUUGCGCAGAGAAGAGGUGACGCAGAGGUGCACUUGAUUGACAGCGCGGGACAUAAAGGUAAAUUUGUACAGAGCCGAAACAGGGAGCCUGAUACAAGAGCUAAAGCUGCACUCGAACUAGUGCACACAGAUCUAGCUGGUCCAAUUGACCCAGAAGCUAAAGACGGCUUCAAGUAUGCUUUAGCAUUCACUGAUGAUUACUCUGGUGCAUGUGUUAGGUCAGAUAAUGGCACAGAGUUCACAGCAAAAGAGUUUCAGUCUCUUUUAAGUAAGAAUGGUAUACGCCAUGAGACUUCAGCGCCAUAUUCGCCCCAUCAAAAUGGGACUGCCGAGAGAAAUUGGCGAACACUUUUUGAGAUGGCAAGAUGCAUGAUCUUAGAGAGCGGCCUGCCCAAGAUGUUGUGGACCUACGCGGUUCAGUCUUGUAAGAGUUUGUCUUCAGCUCUACAAUUCUCAAACUGUGUGCUGAGAGAGCUGGACCUGAGUAACAAUGACCUGCAGGAUUCAGGAGUGAAGAAGCUCUCUGAUGGACUGAAGAGUCAACACUGUAAACUGGAGACACUGAGGCUACAGAGCUGUAAUCUCACUGUUCAGUCUUGUAAGAGUUUGUCUUCAGCUCUACAAUUCUCAAACUGUGUGCUGAGAGAGCUGGACCUGAGUAACAAUGACCUGCAGGAUUCAGGAGUGAAGAAGCUCUCUGAUGGACUGAAGAGUCAACACUGUAAACUGGAGACACUGAGGCUACAGAGCUGUAAUCUCACUGUUCAGUCUUGUAAGAGUUUGUCUUCAGCUCUACAAUUCUCAAACUGUGUGCUGAGAGAGCUGGACCUGAGUAACAAUGACCUGCAGGAUUCAGGAGUGAAGAAGCUCUCUGAUGGACUGAAGAGUCAACACUGUAAACUGGAGACACUGAGGUUGUCUGGCUGUAUGGUGACAGAGGAAGGCUGUGGUUUUCUGUCUUCAGCUCUGACUUCAAACCCCUCACACCUGAGAGAGCUGGAUCUGAGCUACAAUCAUCCAGGAGAUUCAGGAGUCAAGCUGCUCUCUGAACAACUGGAGGAUCCAAACUACACACUGGACAAACUC